GUAGGAGAUGGAGCUGAGGAGAAGCCUGUGUGGUAGCAACCACAGACCGUUUUUCUCAUGAAAAGCAGCGUAGAGGAACACCAAAGCACCGCAAACGGAAAACGGACGGAGCUGCAUCUGACAGACCUGACAAAGGGAGGAAAGCCGAACAGAUCGACCUGUUUCCGGCGUUUGAGGUGUGCGUAAACCUUUGAGCAGGAGGACGUGUAGAGUCGCUCCACAUUCCCAUUGAUCUCGGCUUUAAAACGCACAGAUGCUCCGGGCCAUGACAGCGUGUGGAUAUGUCAUAAUAUCGGGAUUCAUAGUUGGAUGUGCAUCAUGUGUGCAGUGAACUCUGUGUAUUUACUGCCUUCACUGCACAUACACCAUGUCGUUGCAUGAGGUUGUGGACUCAUGCAGAGGGUUUCUGCUGUGAAAGGGUUUGGAGAACCAGGAUGAGAACAGUUACAGUGCAAUGACUGACUUGUAGCUGAGGGGCUGAUUUGCUCAGAACAUUGACUCCAUCUGACUGCUGAAGAUGCUUACAAACUUGUUUAGCGGAUCUAAUCUGUGCUGUGAUAACCUUCGGACUGACAGCCCGGCCUUUUCGGGGGGGUUCUCUUCUGCUUCUCAGCUGGACCACAGCUCGUGCAGGACGCGCUGAUCCCAUCGUGCAUCCCCGUCGCUUAUUCAGCAUUUCCCCAGGGACAGACACCAGCCCAGUCAGGAGCCUCUGUCAGUCAGCCAGCAUGACUUGUUGGCUGAGGUUGAGCACAGCACUGGAACAUUUCAUACUGAGAAUAUUUUAGUUUCUGGAUGCGACGCGGAACAGAGAUCUGCCUCAUGUUCAGACCCUCAUCUCGAACACAGAGCCCCAUAUCUUUAUCAUAUUAACUCUUGUGUCCUGCUACAAACAUGAUGCAGGCGACACUUUAAAGUAUAGUGGUGUAAACAGAAGCUGAAAGUCACGCGAGAGUUGCGGUUCUUCUCGCGCCGUAACCUGGAAACCACAGGGGCCACGCGACCCUCCCGCAGGUGUGAAACCGGGCACGCGCCAUGGAUGACUCUGGGAUCAUCCGAAGACGGAGGCUGCAGAAGGAUCUACCUCUGCCCCGGAAAAGUAGCAGUUGCAGAACAAGUAACCGGAAAAGCCUCAUCCUGACCAGUACGUCCCCGACGCUGCCACGGCCGCACUCUCCACUGCCUGGACAUAUCGGAAGCAGUCCUUUGGACAGCCCGAGGAACUUCUCACCUAGUGGACCUGCCCACUUUUCCUUCGCCUCUUCUAGACGAGCUGAUGGCCGUAGAUGGUCUUUGGCGUCUCUGCCUUCCUCAGGAUAUGGCACCAACACUCCUAGUUCAACGUCAUCCAGCUCGUCCCAGGAGCGUCUGCACCAGCUGCCCUUCCAGCCAACCAUGGACGAACUGCACUUUCUGUCCAAGCACUUUGGCAGCACAGAGAGCAUCACAGACGAUGACGGAGGUCGACGCUCACCGCACGUCCGUCCUCGCUCUCGGAGCCUCAGCCCAGGGCGCUCUCCUUCCUGCUAUGACAAUGAAAUAGUGAUGAUGAACCAUGUCUACAAGGAGCGCUUCCCCAAGGCCACAGCUCAGAUGGAAGAACGACUGGCAGAAUUCAUCCAGAACUACUCCCCAGAGAACGUUCUGCCACUGGCCGACGGGGUCCUUAGCUUCAUCCACCAUCAGAUCGCAGAGAUGUCCAGGGACUGCCUCGCCAAAUCACGCGACGGCCUCAUUACCAGCGUCUACUUCUGUGAGCUGCAGGAGAACCUGGAGAGGCUGCUCCAUGAUGCCCAUGAGCGUUCUGAGAGCUCAGAGCUCACGUUUGUCAUCGAACUGGUCAAAAAGCUCUUCAUCAUCAUAUCUCGUCCGGCCAGGCUUCUGGAGUGUUUGGAGUUUAAUCCAGAGGAGUUCUACCAUUUGCUGGAGGCAGCAGAGGACCACGCAAAGGAGGGACAACUGAUGAAGGCAGAUAUACCUCGAUAUAUCAUCGGCCAGUUGGGGCUGACCAGAGACCCACUGGAGGAAAUUGUGAGCCUCGACAGCUAUGACAGUGAGGGUCCACACACCCCUGAGACAGAUGACUCAGCAGAGGGGAAAGGAAGAGCUAUCAAACCACCAAGUGAAGAAGACUUUCAAAGCAUCAAACUGAUCAGCAAUGGUGCAUAUGGUGCUGUCUACCUGGUGCGGCACAGGGAGACACGCCAGCGUUUUGCCAUGAAGAAGAUCAACAAGCAGAAUCUGAUCUUGAGGAACCAGAUCCAGCAAGCAUUUGUAGAGCGGGACAUUCUCACCUUCGCAGAAAACCCCUUUGUUGUGUCCAUGUUCUGCUCCUUUGAGACACGACGACACCUUUGCAUGGUCAUGGAGUAUGUUGAGGGUGGUGACUGUGCCACUUUGUUGAAGAACAUUGGGGCUCUACCUGUUGAGCUGGCAAGGAUGUACUUUGCUGAGACUGUUUUAGCUCUAGAGUACCUACACAACUACGGCAUUGUCCACAGAGACCUCAAACCAGACAAUCUGUUGAUCACCUCCAUGGGCCACAUCAAGCUGACUGACUUUGGUUUGUCGAAAAUGGGCCUUAUGAGCCUCACCACUAACCUUUAUGAAGGACACAUUGAGAAGGAUGCCAGAGAGUUCCUGGAUAAACAGGUAUGUGGUACCCCAGAGUACAUUGCUCCAGAGGUGAUUCUCCGUCAGGGCUAUGGGAAACCAGUUGACUGGUGGGCCAUGGGCAUCAUUCUGUAUGAGUUCUUGGUGGGCUGUGUCCCUUUCUUUGGAGACACUCCUGAAGAGCUGUUUGGGCAAGUUAUUACAGGUGAGAUACUUUGGCCAAAUGGUGAUGAUGCGCUGCCUGCGGAUGCUCAGGACCUCAUCUCUGCCCUGUUACAGACCAACCCACUUGUGAGGUUGGGGACAGGUGGAGCUUUCGAAGUGAAGGAGCACUCGUUCUUCACUGAGUUGGACUGGAACAGUUUGCUGAGGCAGAAGGCAGAGUUCAUCCCUCACCUGGAGUCAGAAGAGGACACCAGCUACUUUGACACCCGUUCGGAUCGUUAUCACCACAUCAAUACUUAUGACGAGGAUGACACCAACGACGAUGAGCCGGUGGAAAUCAGACAGUUUUCCUCAUGUUCUCCUCGGUUCAGCAAGGUUUACAGCAGCAUGGAGCACCUUUCUCAGCUGGAACAUAAAGCUACGACUUCUGUGUCCCGUCGAGAGCAUAAGGGCCCACGAGAGGACAAGGUGACCAAGAGAGAGAGUCUGGGCAGCUUCAGCAUGAGAGACAAGAGCUGGAGGACCGGAUCCCCUGAGAUGAAGCGCUUGUCUUGCUCAGAGUCCCUCUACAUGGAAGGGGAUGCAAGCCCUCCUCUAGGUGCUCGUCGACGCUUCUCAGCGCUCAUGGAUACACAUCGCUUUGCUUCACCGCUCGAGGGUGAACCAGACUUCCUGUCUCGCCAGGCUCCCAUCAGGGUCCGUGGAACCUCACUGGAUGGGACCAGUGCCCCAUCACCUAGCCUCCUCGAACAGAGAAACAGUCUAAAGGAGAUUAACGGAGGAGACAAACUGCAUAAACAAGGAGAAACACCAGGAGUUACCACAGCCAUCAGCACACUAUCUCCAGGUCCUGUAGCAGCUGGUCGUGAUGUAAUGACUCCUCUGUAUGAUCCUCUGGGACCCCGAGCCACCAAUGACCUAGUGCUCCGCAGGGCUCGCCACCAGCCUUUGCCUGGGGAGGGAGAGAAACGCAACUCAAGACCUGGGAACAAAGUCAUCAAGUCAGCCUCUGCCACAGCACUGUCUGUUAUCAUACCAUCAGUGGAGCAGCACGGUGGUUUCUCUCCGCUGGCGAGUCCCAUGUCCCCACACUCUUUCUCCUCCAACCCCUCAUCCCGGGAUUCGUCACCCAGCAGAGACUUCUUCCCGGCUGUGAACGUGCUGCGUUCCCCCAUCACUAUCCACCGCUCUGGAAAGAAGUAUGGCUUCACUCUCAGGGCCAUCAGGGUCUACAUUGGAGACAGUGAUAUCUACAGUGUCCAUCACAUUGUUUGGCAUGUGGAAGAUGGCGGCCCAGCCCAGGAAGCUGGUCUGUGUGCUGGUGACCUCAUCACCCAUGUCAAUGGUGAGCCUGUUCACGGUCUGGUCCACACCGAAGUGGUUGAACUUAUUCUCAAGAGCGGUAACAAGGUGACAGUGACAACCACACCAUUUGAAAACACCUCCAUCAAAGUGGGUCCUGCUCGCAAGGCCAGUUAUAAAUGUAAGAUGGCCCGACGAAAUAAGAGGACCAUGGGAAAGGAUGGCCAAGACAGUAAGAAGCGUAGCUCCUUGUUCCGCAAGAUCACAAAGCAGUCCAAUCUGCUCCAUACCAGCCGCAGUCUGUCCUCUUUGAAUCGCUCUCUGUCCUCCAGUGAAAGCCUUCCCGGCUCCCCAACACACAGCUUGUCAGCUCGGUCCCCCACCCAGGGCUACCGCUCCACCCCUGAACCAUCAUACCUGGGUGCCUCCUCUCAGAGCAGCUCUCCAGCCUCUAGUACGCCAAACUCACCUGCUCCCUCUCAGCACAUGAGGCCGAGCUCCCUGCACGGCCUCUCUCCUAAGCUCCACCGGCAAUAUCGCUCUGCCCGCUGUAAAUCAGCCGGUAAUAUUCCACUUUCACCACUGGCCCACACCCCCUCCCCCACCCAGUCAUCUCCUCCACCCUUGCCUGGACACACAGUGGGGAGCUCCAACACAACCCAGUCUUUUCCUGCCAAACUCCACUCUUCACCUCCUGUGGUCCGUCCCAGACCGAAGAGCGCCGAACCCCCACGCUCACCUCUUCUUAAACGGGUACAGUCAGCAGAGAAGCUGGGUUCACCUCUGACCCAGUCCAGUUCUACAGGAGGACUAGGGGGUCCACUGAGGAAGCACAGUCUGGAGGUGCAGCACUCUGACUACCGAAAGGAUGCCUUCCUCUGUGAGCUUGGACUCCAGAGCCUGCUUGAGACAGAAGGAGAAAAUCUACCACCUAAUCCUCCACCUCUGCCCUCUUCCUCGGCUCCAGAGACCGGAGUCCUUAAGCCUGUGAGGAGACUGGGAAGGCAAGAGUCUCCACUUAGCAGGGAGACAUUACUGGCCGAAAGGGAGAGAGGAAGGGAGAGGGAGAAAGGAAGGGAAACUGAGACUGGCUCUGUGUUGGAAAGACCAAGCCGAGUUGGACCAGCAGGUCCAAGAAAACCUCAUACAAGUGAGUUACCCUUGAGUCUACAGAGUGGACAGGGCACCAGAGUGAGUGCAGAAAGCAGUAAACCUACAACGCCAAGCACCCCUACCAAAAGUACAGGAAGUCUAGAGAGUCAGAAAGGGCCUGAGAAGACCUUUCAGUGUCAAACAGAUGUAACUACAAAACAGCAAGACCAAAAGAUACCCAGGAGCAUGUUGUCUAAUAGUAAAGACUCCAAAGAUCAGCUCGGAGCCAGAGCUGAACAAAGGCAUGAGGGAAACAACAAGACUAGUCCAAGUGUUUCUGGUUUAUCCUCCACUGCCCUCUCAAAGGGAUCCUCUUCUACUCCAGAUAAGUACAUCAACACAGCAGUGGUGGGAAGUCCUCUGAGUAUGAACAAAACUUUUAAGUCACCAGGAAUGGGAGAUGGUUUACGAAAGACUGGAGUUGAAAGUAGUGACUCAAGGACUCCAGAUCUUGGCUCCAAAAGCCCCAAACUCCCAGUAAGGGUCCUCGCUCCUGUCGUCCCGCCCCAUGGGCAGCCGCUUUCACUGGGAAAAGUGAGGCAGGGACUUGGUCCCGUCAACUGCUACCGGGGAACUCUUGACUGGGAGGACAAAUGCCGCCUUGAGGUAGUAGAAGAGCACUCACCUUCCCCCUCUCCCUCUCCGACAGCUGUCACCCCCUCCCUCUGUGGACCUUCCCUCUGUAAAUCACGCCCUGUGUCCCCCGGCGACAAGACGAGCUUUGUCAGCCAGCUGACCACUGUGGCCAAAAACGUCCUUGGGCCCAUCAAGCUCGGCUCCCAGGAGGGGGCCAAGAGCAAAGACCAACAGAGUAAAGUAGCGGAGGAAAAGCAGGGGGUCACAGCGGGAAAGUCUGACACUCCUACUGGGGGUCGAGUGGCUGUUGGGGCUGCAGUGGUGACUCAGAGUCCUGCUGGGUCACCUCUCGAUAAGGCUGCAACAGGUAGCUACCCACCGAAAAUGUGACCCCAUGGGGUCUCUAAACAGGACUUUAUAAAAAAGAUUAAAAAAAGAUGCCUUUUUUGGAACAGAAGUCAAGCACUUAAAACAUUGUACAUUCCAGUUUUAGAGUAUAUGAAAUAUGUUAUUUAUUGAUUCCAAUCAUUGACUGAUUCUAACUUAAAACCAGGAAUACAAAUCUACUGUAAAGGUGCAUUAACUGUUGAUUUUUAUCACAAAUUAUUUAAAGAGAAGACUCUUAAAUGUAAUGUGGGACACUUUAUCUGAUGUAUAUGUGUGUGGGUCUAUGUGAACGCAUGUCAUAUAGUACUGUACAUAUAUAAUAGGUACAAGAAGGUCAAAAAGUGCUUUACCGAUCAAAACAUGCUGAAUACUGUGAAAACCAAAUCCAGUCACUCCUGUUUUGUCUUUCAACCAGCCCUUUUUAUGUUACAGCUCAACAAACAAAACAGAAAAAGGGGAUAAACACAGAGUGGCAUGGUGGAAGUGUGAAAUUUACUACAAACAACUUGACUGACACACAGCACCAACCAGUAAUCAUUUAACUAAUUAUCUUUCCAUCCUGCAGUUUACACUCCUCAUUUGAUGCACAUGGUCAGACAAAGCCGGAAUGGGAAUUUUGUCAGUGGACGUGACAUCCACAACUCUCUGUCACAGUGGAUUGUACAUGUGUGUUACCUCGGGCUUCUUUCUAGUGGUUCUUGAAGCCAGCAGAGGAAAGCAGGGUUUUCAGAACUCAGCUCAGUGCUUAUCUCCCCCUUGCAGGAGGACUACCACAGCCCUUUCUCCCUGUGUCUGACUUUAGCCUACACACACAUGCACAAACAUACACUCACACACAUUGCCACAGGAGACAGCAAUGUCAGCAGCUGAUUUUGAUGCAUUUAAAUCCCUACCCCUGCAGUUCGUGAAUUGGGGCAUGAGUGUAUUUGUGAGUUAAGAAGUGUGUGAGCAUGUAUGUGUCUUUUUAAGGGAUAAUUACCGUCAGCAGAAUUGACUCAGCAAGGGUUCAUGACCGAAGCCAAACUGGAAAUAAACAUAGGAGUAAAUAUCCAAUAACACUUACAGGUAUUUCUCAACACUUAGCUAUUUUUGAAUCCCACAUUUGCACAGUACAAGAUGCUUCUGUGGAUAUAAUGUAUAAUAACAUACGAAAACUAUGGUAUAAGCACAUAUAGUGAAAUUGUUUUGAGUUACUGUAUAACAAGGAAAGCAGGCACUCUUGGAUGUAGCAUAACGUGAUUUAUUUGUAAAAGGGCUCAGCAGCUAUGUUAGGGUUUGUAGACAUGGACUUGGUUUAUCUUAAGAAACCUGUUAUUGUGAAGAAAAAAAGGUUAUCUAUAAUCAAAAUGACCGUGUUAUUAUUAGAUACAAGUUAGGUAGUCAAGUCUGAUUAAUGUAAUGCUCACUGUUGGCUGUGUAACACACUGACAAGGAUGUUAGAAUCAAUGAUCUCAGCAGGAGAGCUCAAGUGUUCACAGGAAGGACAUAAUUUGUGCUUUUCUCCCACUUGUCUAGUUUAUCUUGAAAUAUUUUACAUCUCAGUGAAUAUCCAGUGUACAUAACAGUAUGCAAAUCUUUAACAGCUGUGUACAAGGACUGCUGUCACUAAAGUAACCACUAUUUAAUUUAUAUAUUAGGUAGAAGUCAGGGGUAAUACUGUCAAAUGCAAUUUUUAUUAUUCUCAUUCUUUCAACACAUAUUUGAUGCAAUUUUGGAGCAUAAGUUAAAGGUUCAGAAGAUACUGGUUCAGUAUGUUCAGCAGUUUCAACUUGCAGAAUGUUCAAGUCUGUCUGUCGCCUUCACCGCCUUAAGUGAUCAGCUGUUUUGCUCUGGAUUGUGUGUGUACAGAUUUGCUGGUGCAGACUGUUUUACAGGAACUGGCAGUAUUGUUUCAGAUUUGUGGGUCUAUGUAACAAUAACAAUGAGCUGACGGCAGAUCAAAACUACAAAGCGGUGUGUUGAUUUUGGUGGCACUGGCACAAUCAUUUCAGAUGCACAUUUCUUAAUGUAAUAACAAAUUGCUUAAUACAUCCAUGUGUUCAAUGAAAUACAAAUUGGUUUUAAUAUGACUCAGCUAAUAGUCCAUUCAAGUACUGGCGGAUGCAUCAUGGUGCACUAACAAUUUUCACCUCUUUGUAAAGAAUCCCAUGCACUGGGUUCAAUUGCGGGUGACUUUUUUAUUCAUCAUGGUACUUUACUGUCCUCUAGUGGCUCAAAAUGUCCACAUUUAAAUGUAUUUUAAAAUCAGUUGGGGCGAUUACUACUAUUACAAAUUAAGCCAAGACUAAUGAUUGACAACAGAAUCAAUGUUAUCAGCCAUAGGGUUAUCGAAUAUGCAUUUUUGUUUCUAAUGACAAGAUAUUUGCAGAAAUUAUGAUAUGAACACUUGAAACACAAGUUAUUCUUCCUCUGUUUUUUGUCAAUGUGUUCUUAAUGUGACUGUUAUUAUUUCUGCUGGAUUAACUUUUUUAAAUAUAAUAUAUUGUCUUCUAUAUUCUACUGAUAGGACAGCAUUCUUUUAUAUCUUAAUGUAAUAAAUGAGUCAUCAGGUCAGCUCUAAUAACCUGACAAAGAAAAAUAACUAUAAUGUAAUCUUAUAUAGAGAUCAUGUCCACUUUCAGGCCUUUUCCCAGUUAAUGGCGUCUAUACUAGUGUUAUAUGUAUGAAAAUCCCUUUCUUUUUGUGAUUGACAGAGAAACUAGUAUAAAUGCACUUUAUUUGAAAACAGACUCAUUUGUUGGUAUUGUUUAUAUGUUACUUUGAAGAAAAAUAAAUAUAAUGUAUAAAAAGUUUGAGUCUUGAAAUGAACAAGAGUCUAAGUAUAAAGACAUUCCACAUUUCUCUGUUCACUGAAAGUGUAUUUAUUUGUACCAUGGGGCAUUUUUGUUUGUGAUAGAUGUAAUUCAGAUGCAGACACCUGAAGUGCAGUAUGUGGAAUAAAAUUCAGAGAUUUGUUCCAAAA